AGGGGACGGACUCAGGCUGGGCGCUUGGGGAAGAAACCGACUCCGGCGAGCUGAGGUUUCCUACAGGCGUUUGCGGCCCUCUGCCCCUCCAUUGCCGGAUCUCGGGGCUGACCCGGGCAGCAAGCCUGGUGUCCAAGGAAGGCGGGGGAAAUGGUCCAGAUGGAGACGCAACUGCAGAGCAUUUUUGAGGAGGUGGUGAAAACGGAAAUUAUAGAAGAGGCUUUCCCUGGCAUGUUUAUGGACACCCCUGAAGAUGAAAAAACAAAACUAAUUAGCUGUUUGGGGGCCUUCAGACAGUUUUGGGGUGGCCUUUCUCAGGAAUCUCAUGAACAAUGCAUCCAGUGGAUUGUUAAAUUCAUUCACGGCCAGCAUAGUCCUAAAAGAAUUUCUUUUCUUUAUGACUGCUUAGCAAUGGCGGUCGAGACUGGUCUCCUUCCACCCCGGAUGGUUUGUGAAUCCCUGAUAAACUCUGACACACUUGAAUGGGAAAGAACACAGCUUUGGGCCUUAACUUUUAAACUGGUUCGGAAAAUAAUUGGAGGAGUGGAUUACAAGGGUGUUCGAGAUCUCUUAAAAGUGAUUUUGGAGAAAACCUUAACAAUUCCCAAUACAGUGAGCUCAGCUGUUGUACAGCAGCUUCUAGCAGCAAGAGAGGUUAUAGCAUAUAUCUUGGAAAGAAAUGCUUGUUUAUUACCAGCAUAUUUUGCAGUCACAGAGAUCAGGAAAUUAUAUCCUGAGGGAAAACUUCCACACUGGUUACUUGGAAACCUGGUAUCAGACUUUGUGGAUACCUUCAGGCCCACAGCAAGGAUCAACUCCAUUUGCGGCCGUUGCAGCCUUCUGCCAGUUGUAAAUAACUCAGGCGCCAUUUGUAAUUCAUGGAAAUUGGACCCUGCAACUCUCCGUUUUCCUUUGAAAGGCCUCUUGCCAUAUGAUAAGGAUCUGUUUGAACCACAGACUGCUUUGUUGAGAUAUGUUUUGGAGCAGCCUUAUUCCAGGGAUAUGGUCUGCAAUAUGCUAGGUUUAAAUAAGCAGCACAAGCAGCGCUGCCCUGUGCUGGAGGACCAGUUGGUGGAUCUGGUGGUUUAUGCCAUGGAGCGAUCGGAGACCGAGGAGAAGUUUGAUGAUGGGGGAACAAGCCAACUCCUCUGGCAGCAUCUCUCGAGUCAGCUCAUUUUCUUUGUGCUUUUCCAGUUUGCAAGUUUUCCACAUAUGGUCCUCUCUCUUCAUCAGAAGUUAGCAGGGCGAGGACUGAUUAAAGGCAGAGAUCAUCUGAUGUGGGUUCUCUUGCAAUUCAUUUCUGGAAGUAUUCAGAAAAAUGCACUAGCUGAUUUUCUCCCUGUCAUGAAGCUCUUUGACCUUCUGUACCCAGAAAAAGAAUUUAUCCCAGUUCCUGAUAUUAACAAACCCCAGUCAACUCAUGCCUUUGCAAUGACCUGCAUUUGGAUUCACCUCAAUAGAAAAGCCCAAAAUGACAACUCCAAGCUACAGAUUCCAAUACCUCAUUCCCUAAAGCUUCACCAUGAGUUCCUACAGCAGAGUCUUAGAAAUAAAAGUUUACAGAUGAAUGACUAUAAGAUCGCCCUGCUGUGUAAUGCAUACUCCACAAAUUCAGAAUGUUUUACAUUACCCAUGGGAGCUCUGGUUGAAACUAUUUAUGGAAAUGGAAUUAUGAGGAUACCUCUUCCUGGAACGAGCUGUUUGGCUUCAGGAUCUAUUACUCCCUUACCAAUGAACCUCCUGGAUUCACUGACAGUUCAUGCCAAAAUGAGCCUUAUCCACAGCAUUGCUACCAGAGUGAUAAAACUUGCUCAUGCAAAGUCCAGUGUGGCCUUGGCUCCAGCCCUAGUGGAAACGUACAGCCGUUUAUUGGUCUAUAUGGAAAUAGAGUCUUUGGGCAUCAAAGGAUUUAUCAGUCAGCUUCUGCCAACUGUUUUCAAGUCUCACGCCUGGGGAAUCUUGCACACGCUUCUUGAGAUGUUCAGCUACCGGAUGCACCACAUUCAACCUCAUUACAGAGUUCAGCUCCUGAGUCACCUUCAUACUUUGGCUGCAGUUGCACAAACAAACCAGAACCAGCUCCAUCUCUGUGUUGAGAGCACUGCACUCAGGCUUAUAACAGCAUUAGGUAGCUCGGAGGUACAGCCACAGUUUACACGCUUCCUUAGCGAUCCCAAAACGGUGCUUUCAGCGGAAUCUGAAGAACUGAACCGCGCCUUGAUAUUGACCUUAGCUAGAGCAACUCACGUAACAGAUUUUUUUACAGGCUCUGAUUCAAUUCAGGGAACUUGGUGUAAAGACAUCCUUCAGACCAUCAUGAGUUUUACUCCUCAUAAUUGGGCUUCACACACUCUUAGUUGUUUUCCAGGCCCACUGCAGGCAUUCUUUAAACAAAAUAAUGUACCUCAGGAAAGCCGUUUUAAUCUGAAAAAAAACGUGGAGGAGGAAUAUAGGAAGUGGAAGUCAAUGACUAAUGAAAAUGACAUCAUUACCCACUUUUCUGCACAACGCUCUCCUCCUCUCUUCCUUUGUCUUCUCUGGAAAAUGCUCCUGGAAACAGAUCAUAUUAAUCAGAUUGGCUAUAGAGUGUUAGAGAGAAUUGGAGCUAGGGCCUUGGUAGUCCAUGUGAGGACAUUUGCAGAUUUCCUAGUAUAUGAGUUCUCUACAUCAGCUGGGGGUCAGCAACUCAACAAGUGCAUUGAAAUUCUUAAUGACAUGGUAUGGAAGUACAACAUCGUUACAUUGGACAGAUUGAUUCUCUGCCUGGCCAUGCGUAGUCAUGAAGGGAAUGAAGCCCAGGUUUGUUAUUUCAUAAUUCAGUUGCUGUUGCUCAAACCAAAUGAUUUUAGAAAUCGAGUAAGUGACUUUGUGAAGGAAAAUUCCCCAGAACACUGGCUACAGAAUGACUGGCACACCAAGCACAUGAAUUAUCACAAGAAAUAUCCAGAGAAGCUCUAUUUUGAGGGCCUGGCAGAGCAGGUCGAUCCUCCUGUGCCGAUCCAGUCUCCGUAUCUGCCCAUCUAUUUUGGAAAUGUGUGUCUCCGAUUCCUUCCAGUAUUUGAUAUAGUAAUCCACAGAUUUUUAGAGUUGCUCCCAGUAUCCAAGUCAUUGGAGACUCUACUAGAUCACCUGGGAGGCUUAUAUAAAUUUCAUGAUCGUCCAGUGACGUAUUUGUACAACACUCUGCACUAUUAUGAAAUGCACCUGAGAAAUCGCGAAAGUCUCAAACGAAAACUUGUCCAUGCAAUCAUUGGGUCGCUCAAGGAUAAUCGACCACAGGGCUGGUGUCUAAGUGACACUUACCUGAAAUGCGCUAUGAAUGCACGAGAAGACAAUCCCUGGGUCCCAGAUGACUCCUACUAUUGCAAAUUGAUUGGCAGACUAGUAGAUACAAUGGCUGGCAAAUCUCCUGGUCCGUUCCCAAACUGUGACUGGAGAUUCAAUGAGUUUCCCAACCCCGCUGCCCACGCACUGCAUGUUACUUGUGUGGAGCUCAUGGCCUUGGCUGUUUCAGGCCAAGAUGUUGGAAAUGCUCUUCUAAAUGUUGUCCUGAAAAGUCAGCCUUUAGUGCCAAGAGAGAACAUUACAGCAUGGAUGAAUGCAAUUGGAUUGAUCAUCACUGCCCUACCAGAGCCGUAUUGGAUUGUCCUUCAUGAUCGAAUUGUGAGUGUUAUCAGCAGUCCCAGCCUGACGUCUGAGACAGAGUGGGUCGGCUAUCCUUUCCGCCUCUUUGAUUUCACUGCUUGUCAUCAGUCCUACUCUGAGAUGAGCUGCAGCUACACGUUAGCUCUGGCACAUGCGGUGUGGCACCAUUCUAGCAUUGGGCAACUCUCUCUCAUCCCCAAGUUUCUCACUGAAGUACUUCUUCCUAUAGUGAAGACUGAGUUCCAGUUGCUUUAUGUGUACCAUCUCGUGGGACCAUUUUUACAAAGAUUUCAGCAAGAGAGAACUCGAUGUAUGAUAGAGAUUGGUGUGGCAUUUUAUGACAUGUUGCUGAAUGUAGACCAGUGUAGCACCCACUUAAACUACAUGGAUCCCAUCUGUGACUUCCUGUAUCAUAUGAAGUACAUGUUUACUGGUGACAGUGUAAAAGAGCAAGUAGAGAAGAUUAUCUGUAAUUUAAAACCAGCUUUAAAACUUCGUCUUCGAUUCAUCACUCACAUUAGCAAGAUGGAACCGGCUGCAGUGCCUCCACAAGCCAUCAACAGUGGGUCUCCAGCCCCUCAGUCUAAUCCGGUGCCAGUGUCUCUACCAGUGACUCAGUGAAGUCAGGGUGUGCUGUGGUAAAAACGGACUCGAAUCUAUUAAAUCUGAACAUGACCGCGCUACGUAGGUGGAGUAGAGGCAGUGAUGUUCAGAUUGUUUUAUUCUGAUUCAAAUGGUGAAUCUGUUGACUUCCAACUCCCAUCUCCCUAUGUUUUUGUCUCUAAGAGAUAAAGUAAGCUACACGUUGUUCAUAUCCACAACAAUGUACCAGAGCUACUUAGGAAUGGGGACAUAUCUGAUCAAAUGACUUUUACUAGGCACUCUCAAUCUUUCCUAUCUUGGCCAUUGUUUUUAUUUUUUAGUAUUAAUGACUUAUUCAGUCUUCAAAUACACUGUUUUAAAGGCACCACACAUGUAAAAUAGUUAUUACAAAUCCUUUUAUACAUAAAUCUCUUUUGGUGUAUCUGGGAUAAGAGAUUUUUGUCAAGUAAAGGAGUCUAGAUUUCAUUGCAUUACUGGAGCAAAUAGGUUCAUAUUCUUUUUAAAAUGGCUUAAAUUUUUUAUCAUAGACUUCCAAGUAAAUGGGCUAAUAUUUCUAGUGUAGAUUGGCAAGUUUUUGCCUUUGCCAUGGACUUGCACUUACUAUAUGAAAUGAGUUGGAAGUCAUGUAAGAAAAGAACAUAGCUAGAAAUGCAUAAACCUAAUAAAAUCAUCCUUAAGUGGUGAUUCUUUAAUCUCUGCUUUUAAAAAUAAAUCAAUUGCUUUUCCAGGUUGACACUCUUACCUGACAAAUGAUGUGAUUCUUUGAAUUUUUAUAGUCUUAAGGCUUUUAAGUAUUUAUAUUUUUAAAUAUCAUGUACAUUUUGGUUCUUUUGAGUUUAUUAGAUUUUGAGAGACAUACUGUUAAUGAGGGGGGUGGCAUUAAGAUUGUAAAAGAGUUGAAAAAUAAUUAGUAAAAUCUGUUGAAUGAA